CUUCAACUUUGAUCAAAGCAUGCUUGCUCGCCCUUCUUCAGGCCCUUGUUCUUGUUUCUCCUGGGUUUUGACUUCCUCAUGCAUAUACCCGCUACGAUACUAGGGCUGGCUCUGUGUGCGUCUGCUGCAGUCCUACUUGCUUUUGUUUCAAUAUCAUCUCCCGUGUGGGACAAAAUCUACUUUCUGAGCGCUGGAUCUGGUACUGCUGGCUUCGUGCACUUUGGCAUCUUUGGGUUCACGGGACAAAAUGCAAGCUUGGGAUAUCGACUGAAGCCACCUACUUUCAACUUCAAUGACGGGAAUUUGAACACACCUGUGUUCUUGAAUCUCACGCGCUCCCUGAUCUUGCAUCCCAUCGCUGGAGUGAUAGCGCUCCUGGCUACACUCAAUGGACUUCUCGGCGUCACUUUCCUCCCUAUAGGAACGGCUUUCAUGGUUCCAUUAUCCGCCUUGGCCUCAAUUGUUUGCCUGUUGGCUUUCCUGUUUGAUAUGGUCUUGUUCGGGAUCGCUCGCAACAAAUUUCGUAGUCAGGGCUUCUCUGCACAAUAUGGCAAUGCAUGCUGGAUAACGUUGGGUGCUUUAGUGUCGCUGUUACUCGGCUUCACCCUGUCCGCGUGUGGUGCCUUUGGGCGCUAUAGAAAGCGGACGAGGACGAACUUUCUCUCUUGAUACCCCCACAGUACUUACCCGGAUUAUGAUACCACGGUGUUCUCACGGAUUAGCGAAUCUGACGUGUAUACCAAGUGAUAUGGCGGAUUCAGUUACCUAGCUUAUCAGGCGCUUCGAGUUGUGGGUGAUGAUGAUUUAAUAAGCGAUCGUAUUCAUCUUGCUUCACCCGGUCAUGACCAUGUCGUUUGACAUCACACACGCCAUAGAACAUCUCGCUCCUCCUAUAAAAGCUCAACUGGAACGCCUGAAUUCUCAUGUUUGGAACCCUCCAGAUCUUGCAGCCUUUCCCCGCACUCCACUUGCCGCCGUGCUUGUGCUACUCUACGAGGAGGUCGGAGAGCUCCGUGUUCUUUUGACUACACGAUCCAAAACCUUGAGAACGCAUGCUGGACAGACGGCCUUUCCUGGAGGAAGGAUGGAUGAGUCGGACACGGAUCUAGUAUACACGGCGAGAAGCCUUUGAGGAAAUCGGUUUGCCUAUCGAGUCGCCUCAUUUGCAUGUCGUCGCGCUCGUUGACCCCUUCGUCUCGUUGCACAAGCUCGUGGUCACGCCUGUUGUCGCGCUUCUAACGGACACGUCGCUUUUAUCUGAUCUGAAGGCAUCUCCGGACGAGGUCGCCCAUAUUUUCAGCCACCCGCUCGAAGCGGUCCUUGAUCCCAGUCUCGCAUCGAUGGGGGAGCUUGUGGCCCCCAACACUGAGAACUGGAUCUAUCCGGAGGAACUCCACAACACCACCGACUCGCCCGUGCCCCACUUCGAACACGCCAUGUACCGGAUGCAUCGCUUCCGCACCUCGGCUUCCCCUCUCAAAGGGCUGACCUGUGAUAUUUUGAUUCAUGUCGCGCAAGUCGCGUUCGCCCGUGCACCUGUUUACGAUAGGUGGGCUGAGGGUCAACCCCGUGAUUUUGCAGACUAUUCUCGUCUUCUGGGGUUGCCUUGAUAGCACAUCUUCUGGCUGUCGUAGUCGACAAAUUGCCUAAAUGCUUAUUCUGACGCUCUCGCAGAUAUCGGUUUCAGCUACCUACCAAUCCUGUUGAGAUGUAUCCUGUCUGUAGAUUCUGCUCUUUGUACUCAUCCGGUUCCCUCCUUCAGAUCUACGAUGAGGUCUGACAUCACUGAUUCGAAAGGACCUGGAUCUCGUCUCUCUCUCACGCUUGUUAGCACGUAGCUGUCCCGGCUUACGAUCAGACUACUUUGACAAUUGAAACGAUGAUCAGAUUCCCAAGCAUCUUGCUCUUCUCCUCGUUACAUUUCGUUCUGCCCGUGCCUUGGUGCACGCUGACCCUGUGGGUCUUGUCCGCCCGCACACCGUCGCUCAUUCUUUCUAUUUCUUCGUGCUGGGACCUCGAUGCCACGAUACAACACCACCAUCGAAGACUUUUCGCCCGUCAUCCGCUAUUCGUCCGACUGGAGAGCGGGGAACAGCGCGGACUCUUCCGCGGAUAAGUACAGCGACAGCUCCUUCACGCUCACGCAGACAGACGGCGGCACUGCGACCUUCCAAUUCAACGGCACUUCGUUCACGAUAUUUGGUGCCAAGCGGGGAAAUCACGGGUUUUACCAAGUGACGGACAGUGGAUGGCAAUUCCUUCUCGCCAGCAACGGGCCAGUCGUCAACGGACCAGUUCCAGGUUCCCUUGUUCACCAGCCCAACCCUCACGGAUGGUCUGCACACCGUUACUGUGGUGAACCAGGGUUCCACCUUCCUGGACAUCGACUUUAUCACGUUCGAAAGCUCUACGGGCCAAGACAACGAAGCGCUGGUGGUCAAAACUGUACAGGAUUCGGACUCUGCGUUCGUCUAUACUCCGCCCACCAACUGGGGCGUCAAUCCACCCAAUGUUGGGACCUACUUUGGGAGUUCUGGACACGGGACUGCUACAGCCGGUGCUGUUAUGACGUACACAUUCCAGGGAGAUGCUGUCUGGCUGUAUGGCCCCGUAGGCCCGGCCCAAUCUCCGUAUUCCGUGUCCGUUGACGGUGGACCUGCCGUCCAAUACACUGCGACGAAGCAAUUCUACGAGCCGCAAUCCUUGCUAUUCCUUGCGACCAAUCUCGGUGCUGGAGAACACGUGGCUCAAGUCACCUAUCUUCCAUCCCAGCCAGGCCAGAUAUUUGCCAUUGAUUACGCCAAUGUCUAUACGACACCAUCCCUCGAUCCAGGAAGCAGCAAUGGAACGGGCAGCAAAUUGAGUUCGUUGCCCAGCGCAGCCAUCGCCGGGAUUGUCAUCGCGCUUCUCUUCGUCUUGUUCAUCGUGGGCGGGCUGCUGAUUUUACUCCGGCGUCGGAAAGGGCGCAAAAACACCGCGUCUGUGGAAAGCUUCGUGGGUCGACAGUCCCCCAGCUUCCAGCAGCAUCACUCCGUCUCUGCGUAUCCGUCCGUCCAAUCCGCUCCAUCCCCCAACGACACACAGCACUAUGUGCCAUCUUUCGUCACAGUGAACCCCCGGCCGCAACGUGCCCCUCCAUCCUCUGAAUCGGAUUUUUCGGCCGACCAUUCUCACGUGGGCGGGGUUUCUAUAUCGUCGCGAUCCAGAAGCAUCAGACUGCCUCUCAAAGGCAGAUCUCCCGCUCUGCCCCCUUCAGCAGGUCAAAAUCUGAACCAUCUGCCUCGGCCCGAGCUGCAGGCAACUCGAUUGGCCGUGGAAGGGCGAUCACAGGAUUUCGGGACGGCACCGCCGGACUACGUCCAAGCUACCGAACCUUACGGACUGGAUCCAGGGCGAGAACCUGCUCAGCGUUAACUAUUUGCACUUGUGCUAUGUACAUAUAUAUGUAGGUAAAUCGGGUCCAGGACAAAGUUGCUCUGGCAUGCGAUUAUCAUUAUGUAAGGUGAUUGUCCCUACAUGAACUUUCACGACACCCCACAUUGCUCCGCUCACCUCGCUUCAACCUGUUAGGCGUGCAUUUUCCUGCCGCCCCUCGGUUUUCAUGGCUACUUCCACCGCGGUGUCUCAGUCCACACCACAAACUACCCCACAAACAUCUAGAAACUUUCUGUCUCCUGAGAUCUCUUCCUACUUCAUCGCCGGUGGAUUCGCUGGAGCAGCGAGCCGCACAGUAGUCAGCCCCCUAGAGCGAUUGAAAAUCAUCCAGCAGGUUCAACCUCGUACCUCAGAUCAACAGUACAAAGGCGUAUGGCGAAGUCUAAUCAGAAUGUGGAAGGAGGAGGGUGUUCAAGGGUUCAUGCGUGGAAACGGAAUCAAUUGCAUACGAAUCGUUCCGUACUCGUGAGUCCAGUUCACAACUUAUGAACAAUUGAAGCGGUGGCUCACUGAACAUGGGACAAAAGAGUUGGAUACCCCGAAGCGGUUAGCAGCUGGUGCACUGGCCGGCAUAUGUUCUGUGUGCACUACAUAUCCCCUCGACUUGGUCCGAGCCCGGCUGUCCAUCGCGACUGCCUCGAUACCGGUCACCAAAACAGCCUCGUCUCUCUCAGGAGUCGGCGCUGCAUCUCUUGCACCCGGUCAUCACACCGCAUCAGCUUCCACUUCUCUGGGCGAACUGUCUAUCAUCGGCAUGAGUCUCAAGAUUGUGCGGGAGGAGGGUGGCGUACGAGGUCUCUAUCGAGGGAUGGUUGCCACCGCUUUCGGUGUGGCCCCCUACGUGGGCAUCAAUUUCGCGGCCUAUGAAGCUCUCCGAGGCAUCAUUACCCCGCCGGGGAAAACCAAUGUUGCUCGCAAGUUGGCUUGUGGGGCUCUGGCAGGAUCUCUAUCUCAAACGCUCACCUAUCCUUUCGAUGUUCUCCGACGCAAGAUGCAAGUCACGGGCAUGAAAUCGUCAGGUUUAGACAUCCAAUACACUGGAGCCAUUGAUGCUCUGCGCGGGAUCCUGCGAACAGAAGGCAUUCGCGGACUAUAUCGCGGCUUGUGGCCUAAUCUCCUCAAGGUCAGCCCAAGUGUGGCAACAAGCUUCUUUGCGUACGAACUGGUCAAAGAUUACCUGGUCUCAUUAUGAGCCUAGAUCUUUCAACCACACAUCCAACAUUCUCAACAGAUCAAGGACUAUCUCGUGUUUUUGAUAAGGAGGACGGAAUGACAAGCACAUUAACUAUCGUAAUAAUAUACAUACGUGAAACAAAGACAUGGGACGCAACGGCCGGAUUCGCACCAUCGUGCAAAGAACAAUUGAUCAUUGACCGGGACCCUAGUUUGAUACAUCAUCUGCACCGGCGCUCAGGUCAUUGCUUCUCAGACCUGAGACGGUUGGGAUCCGUCAAUGCCCUCCUCUCAGUCUGGUAGGACAAGGACCGCCCCAUCGUCGACGCCGGCGUCAUUUGGAGCUUCCCCCCUCUCCUCCGCCUCCCUCUCCUCAAGUUCGAGCCCAUCUGAUCACGUUGGCUCGUCAUCGUCCGGCCACGCAUCUGCCACCAUGCACCCAGGCGCUGUCCGUUCCUCUUCUCUUCUUCAUGCCCAUCCCAUGGGACAACCCCACAGCAAGCCGUCUCCAGAUCAACUGAACUCACCGACAUCGGGCGCUUCAGCGAGUUCAAAGCUUAAACGUGCCCUAGCUGGCAGGAGGAAGAAAUCCGAGGACAUAAAUGUCGAUAGUAUUCAGAUGAAAGGGCCUCGGCAGCUCACACUGCAGGUUUCUCAAGCGUUGGGUGUUGGGAAAAAGUCGAAUAUGUCACCGAUCCCCCCUUCUCCACCUCCCAAACCUCCAUCACUACAGGGUCCUUCCAAGCCCUUUCCUCCACCUCCUCCAAUACCCCCAUCUAUCAUUCCCGCCGGUCGAGGCUCCAUAAUGCCCAUAACCCCUGGUGUAUCGUCUGCCGUCAAUUUCAUGAUAGGUCAGGAGAGGGCUUUGGAUGCGAUGAGGCACGAGAAGGAUCGAGGGCCGGAGGAGGCUUGUGACGAGUCUAAAGAGACAUGGCGCCGCAGCGAUGCUACCAUUACGCACCAUUCCUCAGCUGCCGGGACCCGUCCGUCCCGUCCCGUCUCUGUCGCCGAGUCGCUUCAAUCCAACCAUACUAUCGUGGCGCCCAACAAACGGCUGAGUGCGUUGGUGAUGGAUACAGAUUUUGGUAUGGUAGAGGAGGACGUCGAUGAGCUGAGGCCUGCCGAGCCGGAGCAAGUAGUGCUUACUCGUACGAAGCCAAGAUCCGCUUCCCUGAACGUGGGACCCUCGCAGCCGUUCGUUGCAGCGGACCCUGCGACCACGGUUUCCCCCAAGCUAUCGUCGGAGACUGCGCCGCUUCUCACCCCGUCAAUAUCCAGAGAGACCCCGACGCUUACUCGAACGGCUGCAAAUGGGUUUAUUGCUCCGUCUAGCUCUGGUCUUCAGAGCACGGGGCACAAUAUCCGCGGCCGUCUCGCGGCGUGGACCGCAACCAACACUGCUCAGCGGGAAGUGCCUUCCGCCUCGCGGGCCUCGGCGUUGGCCCAGACCCAUGCUCGCCAACCGACCCUGAGCAUAAGCGGUGGCUUUGCACCGGCUGCGGGUUUGGCCAAGCGGGCCGUCGAGAAGAUGGGCAGGGCUUGGGGCGGGUUGACUGCGGGCUCGAGUUCGGGGUAUUCCUCCUCGUCUUCGAGUGCGCCGUCCUCAUACACCAGUCACGAACACAGCCUGGCUCGCACGAUCUCCAAUCAAUCAGGGUCGGGAGCGGUUCCUGGCAAAGCUCCCAAACACCGACGGACUCCGAAUUCAGCAUCCAGCGCCUGGAGCAUCAACUCCUCGAGUCAUUCCUCGUCUGUGUCAGAUAUGGAUGCCUUUGCUGUUCCCGAUGGACCUAUUCUUGGCACAUGCUUGCGACGACCGGCCCACGUCACCGGGAAGACGGCCGGCAUUGUGUUCGGUGUGCAGCUCAAGUUUGCCGUCAGAAUGGCCCCAAUCGCGUCUGCAAGCCAGCUGGCGGAACGGGCGGACAUCGACUCGGUUCUUGUCAAGGAACUGGAGAGUAGGGCAUUGCCGGCACUAGUUGUUCGAUGUGCCCAACAUAUCUUGAUCUGGGGGGUCCAAGAGGAGGGAUUGUUUCGGGUAACAGGGCGGCCGUCCCACACUUCCAAGUUGCGCAGCGAGUUUGACUGUGGCGCCGACUUUGAUAUGACUAGCUGUACCCCUGGAGAUUUAGAUCCGCACUCUGUCUCUUCCGUCUUUAAGGCAUUCUUGCGAGAAUUGCCCGAGUCUAUCCUGACCAAAGGACUGAUACCCUACUUUGAUGUCGCACUGGCCCAAGAGAACGCGCUCCAAGAGUCGCAGAACAGCUCCCGAGUAAAAUCUGCUGCCGGACCGUCUCUUCCGUCUGGACCAAGGAGCGGACUUGCGCUGAGGAAGCCGCCUUCACUGUCGACUCUCGCCAUGCCAAACAUGGCGCUGAUGCGACCGCCGUCACAGUCGCUGAUCAAGGCACUCCGGUCCUUGAUUGCUCAACUUCCGACCGAGAACAGAGAUCUCUUGCGAACGGUGACAGAUCUCAUUCGUGCGACUGCCAAGCGCAGCCGGGAAACCAAGAUGCCUCUGAGCAAUCUUCUGCUCGUGUUUUGCCCCAGCCUCAACAUGAAUCCCCCGCUGCUACGAGCGUUGUGUGAAGCAGAAAGUGUUUGGACCGAAGAAACAGACUGUGUCGUUGAUAUUUGCAGCGAGCCUGCAGUGGACGUCCCAGCUCAAACUGAUUCGCCUCGGCCCCGCUCUCCUGGUGCCAGAAGCAAACGAGCCCAGCACGCUGCAUUCCACCUCGAUCCCGAUGACGAUCCUCCCGCGGAUGACGUGUCGUCCGUCUCGACAGAUGAUCGAUCAUCAGAGCCACGGAUGUAUGCGCCGUCACCCAUGUUUUCUUCUUCCGUGGAAUCGCUACAGACUCCCUCCAGUGGGCCCUCGCUGGAGCACCUUCCUCUCGAACGCAAAUCUUUCGAGGCGCAGCCCGACAUGCAACCCACUGCGCUGAUCAUCGCUGAUCCGCCAGACCCACUAUUCAAUGUGUCCAGUGCCCAUAACACCCCCGUCCAGUUCCCGACGAUGCCUUCACCAGGAACUCCGUCGUCGUCCAAGCGCUUGUCUGCCGCUUUUUCGUUGCCCAGUCUAACACUCGGCAAUUUUUCGAAACCGGAUCUUCAUUCAGCGGACUCGGCGCCUGCUUCACCGUUGAGGCGGCUGAAAAAACCGUCACUUCAGCUUCUGUUCUCUAAGCGCUCGGCUUCGCCGCUGACUUCGUCGUCCCACGGAGGACAUCCUCUCAUUUCCGCUCCUUAUUUGCAGUCUCCUCGAGCAGCAUCCGAGUCGUCGCUCUCGACACCUGUCACAGCUCUCGAGAGUCCCUCACCCAGUGAACCACCCGUUCUGGACACGGCCAUCGAAUCAUCGUCUCUCCGCGCCGCACUGGGGAUUCAAAUCGACAGUCCUGAAGACCCCCCGGCUGUUGAACUGGAACAAGAGCAACCGGAGCCUGACUUGCUCCAGCCCGUGAUUGGCCAGACGCCGAUAGCUGACCAUUACAAGCACGCGCUGCGGUCUACCCCAGCGCGUAAGAUCUCUCAAACAUCGAUAUCUUCGUCGACAUCCUCUAACAGGCUGGGAGUGCUUGAGCCUGAUGUUGCGGAGGAGAAUUGGACUCAGAGUGUUCUGUUGGCUGCAGACAUCGACUGGAGGGAUCACAGCAACUGAUUCGCAUUUACUUAUACCAUUGUCAAUUCUGCUUUCGGUUUCUCUAACAUUCACUUGCACUCUUACAUUGCUCACAAACUAUGUAUCUUAUCUAUUCGCCUCACUGCAUUCGAUCAAAUUUUCAACACCGAGCGAUGCCGC